AUGAGAGGUGGCAAAGGGCAAAUGCCUCAUCCAUCAUCUUCGGAUGUGCCGUUGUUCCAGGCAUCACACGUAUCUCACCAUUCAACAGCUUCGCAUUCGACAUCGUCACAUCAUGGAAUGGACUCAGUAGGCGAGCCAGCAAUAAACGUCUUUGGGAACCCGUGCCAACAAGCCUGGGUACAGAAUCCGCGCUCAAAUUCGAUGCAGACAGGCUUCGUGAAUGUGGAAGGAUAUAACGCGCCAAGUUAUCACAACGUGGCGGCCAAUGGUCAGGUGCCCGGUGGUGUAGUUGUCAAUGGUGACGGUACAGUUUUGAAACAGCCACCAUCGCCUGAGCCAGGUAUUUAUUAG